CCGUAGUGGUAUGGUAUGCGCGGACGGGAUGUUCAUAGACAAGCAAAUGAACAUUUAACCUCUGAAACAAUUACCGGCAUAGGACAACAAAUGGUCAACGAUUUUACAGUUGCUCACGAUGACAGACUCACGUGUUAUAAUUAAAAUAUCACACAAGAACGAUAUUAUCAUGAACGAAAAUUUCAGGGUUGACACAAACGAUCUGGCAGACCUAAUUACCGUUUUAAAGAAUGCCCAGCAGAAGACAAACGAAUGUCUGACCAGGUUAACGGAAGAGACAGACGUUACUUCUCCGGGAGAUGAAUUAGAUGACAGUGAUGAACACGGCGACUCUGAUGUGGAGAUCUCAGCUGAGAAUGAAAAUGACAUCGCUUCGAAACGUCCUAAGUUGAAAAAUUAGACAAUGCUUGAUUAUACUAUAUUUUUGAAAAAUAAACAGUGAGAAAAAAAAUAAUGGUAUUCCGUUCUUGAUUUUUCUAUGUGAAAUUUCCCUCCUUCAGUGGUUUGUUCAACCGUAGAGAAUGCUGUAAUUUUAGUUGUAACAUAGCAAAUGGCAACCGUCCACGAGUCACAGCCUCCAUUCGGUAAACGUAAAUAAACAAGUAAAACAACAAACAUAUUACCGUUAUACGUUACAGACGGCAUUCAGACAGCAACAGCCACGUUGAUAGAGUCAACAAUAGGUGAGGCAUUUAUUGAAAUUGAAUUUCUAUCAUCAGUCUUGUCAAAUUCUCAGAGGGUUGUUAACCUAGGACUUUGAGUAUUGAGAUGAAAAAUGUCUGCAUUGCUGUCUAACCAAGCUCAGCUGCAAUACGUGGUUCAAUGGUUCACAGAGUGGUCGGAAAUGCAGCGUGGAGAUUUCCUAGAUAUUUUGUUAGAGACCUGCGGUCAGGGGGCUUUGGUCAAUGGGCUUGUUUCCAGUCUUGAAAAUUUAGCCUGCAAAGAGAAUCCGAAUAAACCACCCAGUUUGUUCGAGUGUCGCAUUAAGGUAUACAGAGAAUGGACUCAGAACUGGACGUCACAAGAAAAAGAAAACUUGCUGUCCACGAUAGAAAAUUUAGAUCCCAAGUUCGCGGAAAAAUAUCAAGAACGAGUGAAAAAAUGCGAGAAAAACGGUGAUGUUGACAACGAAAGAAAUGAAGAUGAGUAACUAUAUAUGAUUGCAGCUAGAUUUAGGAAUUAAGAAAGCCCUGAUUUACGUAAAUGCCAAUAUCAAUAUAUGCAAGAUUGUUCGAUAGCAGCAUGACAAACCUCAAGAUAAUUCACCGAUAAUGAACUGAAUGCUUCUUCAGUGGAAUCAUUCCCAAGAUAAAAAAAAGAAAUAAAAUUCAGAAUGAGAAUCAAGCAAUGAUCUUUGAUCCAAUCAAGUUUAGCAGUCUUUCUUUUUCUAGGAAAAUCGCGCACAUUCCAAUUUGAGAAAUCAAACUACUUUACAUGCAUGUAAAUAUAAAUUGUACAUGUAAAUCUGAUUGUUAUUAUUACUAUAUUAUUACUAUUAAAUAUGGCAACUAAUAUUUUAUAUCGUUGAUAUUUUAUAACGACGUAAUAGGUUUGUUUGUAUACCGAUUGUUGGUUGAGAUAAAUUGAUCAGCUCUUAUGAAAAAUGAAAAACAAAUCAGGAAACUUUUAGAAAAACAAUUCGGCAAAAAUGAUUAUUACAGCUGGCUUAGAAGAUUUAUUUCUUUUUAGCCACAAACAAUUGUAAAGCUCUAUUAUGAAUAACAUUAUCAAAUAGCUUUGAUGUAGGAGUUCGUUUCUUAGUUAUUUUUUUUUUUUUUUACAUAUACAUGAAGUGAAUUAAGUGCAACGGCUAUUGCAAUGAAUAAAUUAAUAACGAAAUAGUAGAUGAUUAGACUCACAUCCUCCUCGUUGGAGCUGGUACAAUUGAUGAAAGAAAUGAUAUACUUCACACCAAUACCUCUAAUAACAUUCCAUGUAACAUUAGCACCAAACAUUGCUAGAAAAAAACGUAAUUGACAUGCCUGACAAAAUAUAAUCAUGUAUCAAAUGAAUAAAGAAUAUUUAUAAUUUAA